AUGGCUUCCCCGCGGAGCUCCGGGCAGCCCGGGCCGCCGCCGCCGCCGCCGCCGCCGCCGCCGCCGCCCGCGCGCCUGCUGCUGCUCCUGCUGCUGCCGCUGCUGCUGCCGCUGGCGCCCGGGGCCUGGGGCUGGGCGCGGGGCGCCCCCCGGCCGCCGCCCAGCAGCCCCCCGCUCUCCAUCAUGGGCCUCAUGCCGCUCACCAAGGAGGUGGCCAAGGGCAGCAUCGGGCGCGGCGUGCUUCCCGCCGUGGAACUGGCCAUCGAGCAGAUCCGCAACGAGUCGCUCCUGCGCCCCUACUUCCUCGACCUGCGGCUCUACGACACCGAGUGUGACAAUGCAAAAGGAUUGAAAGCCUUCUACGAUGCAAUAAAAUACGGGCCGAACCAUUUGAUGGUGUUUGGAGGCGUCUGUCCAUCUGUCACAUCCAUCAUCGCUGAGUCUCUCCAAGGCUGGAAUCUGGUGCAGCUCUCCUUUGCGGCUACCACACCUGUCCUAGCUGAUAAGAAAAAAUAUCCUUACUUCUUCCGGACCGUGCCGUCGGACAACGCGGUAAACCCUGCCAUUCUGAAACUGCUCAAACACUUCCACUGGAGGCGUGUAGGCACACUCACACAGGAUGUGCAGCGCUUCUCAGAGGUGAGGAAUGACCUGACUGGGGUUCUGUAUGGGGAGGACAUCGAGAUUUCAGACACCGAGAGCUUCUCCAAUGAUCCCUGCACCAGUGUCAAAAAGCUGAAGGGGAAUGAUGUCCGGAUCAUCCUGGGCCAGUUCGACCAGCACAUGGCAGCCAAGGUGUUCUGCUGUGCCUUCGAGGAGAGCAUGUAUGGUAGCAAGUACCAGUGGAUCAUCCCGGGCUGGUAUGAGCCCGCCUGGUGGGAGCAGGUGCACACAGAGGCCAACUCAUCCCGCUGUCUGCACAAGAACAUGCUGGCUGCCAUGGAGGGAUACAUCGGUGUGGACUUUGAGCCCCUCAGCUCCAAGCAGAACAAGACCAUCUCGGGGAAGACUCCACAGCAGUACGAGAGGGAAUACAACAACAAGCGCUCUGGCGUGGGGCCCAGCAAGUUCCAUGGGUACGCCUACGACGGCAUCUGGGUCAUCGCCAAGACCCUGCAGAGGGCUAUGGAGACGCUGCAUGCCAGCAGCCGCCACCAGCGCAUCCAGGACUUCAACUACACAGACCACAAGCUGGGCCAGAUCAUCCUCAACGCCAUGAACGAGACCAACUUCUUCGGGGUCACGGGUCAAGUUGUGUUCCGGAAUGGGGAGAGAAUGGGGACCAUUAAAUUUACUCAAUUUCAAGACAGCAGGGAGGUGAAAGUGGGCGAGUACAACGCUGUGGCUGACACACUGGAGAUCAUCAAUGACACCAUCAGGUUCCAAGGAUCCGAACCACCAAAGGAUAAGACCAUCAUCUUGGAGCAGCUGCGGAAGAUCUCCCUACCUCUCUAUAGUGUCCUCUCAGUCCUCACCAUCCUUGGCAUGAUCAUGGCCAGUGCUUUUCUCUUCUUCAACAUCAAGAACCGGAACCAGAAGCUCAUCAAGAUGUCAAGUCCCUACAUGAACAAUCUCAUCAUUCUUGGGGGCAUGUUAUCCUAUGCAUCUAUAUUUCUCUUUGGCCUCGAUGGAUCCUUUGUCUCAGAAAAGACUUUUGAAACACUUUGCACUGUCAGGACCUGGAUUCUCACUGUAGGCUACACAACUGCCUUUGGGGCGAUGUUUGCAAAGACGUGGAGGGUCCAUGCCAUCUUCAAAAAUGUGAAGAUGAAGAAGAAGAUCAUCAAAGACCAGAAGCUGCUGGUGAUUGUGGGGGGUAUGCUGCUCAUCGACCUGUGCAUCCUGAUCUGCUGGCAGGCCGUGGACCCCCUGCGGAGGACGGUGGAGAAGUACAGCAUGGAGCCGGACCCAGCAGGCCGGGACAUCUCCAUUCGCCCAUUGCUGGAACACUGUGAAAACACCCACAUGACCAUUUGGCUGGGCAUUGUCUAUGCCUACAAGGGACUCCUCAUGUUGUUCGGUUGUUUCUUAGCUUGGGAGACACGCAAUGUCAGCAUCCCCGCGCUCAAUGACAGCAAGUACAUAGGGAUGAGCGUGUACAACGUGGGGAUCAUGUGCAUCAUCGGGGCCGCCGUCUCCUUCCUCACCCGGGACCAGCCCAACGUGCAGUUCUGCAUUGUGGCCCUGGUUAUCAUCUUCUGCAGCACCAUCACCCUGUGUCUGGUGUUUGUGCCAAAGCUCAUCACUCUGAGGACAAACCCAGAUGCAGCCACGCAGAACAGGCGCUUCCAGUUCACCCACAACCAGAAGAAGGAAGACUCCAAAACAUCCACUUCAGUCACCAGCGUGAACCAGGCCAGCACAUCCCGCCUGGAGGGCCUGCAGUCAGAGAACCACCGCCUCCGGAUGAAGAUCACAGAGCUGGAUAAAGAUUUGGAGGAGGUCACCAUGCAGCUGCAGGACACCCCUGAGAAGACCACCUACAUCAAGCAGAAUCACUACCAGGAGCUCAAUGACAUCCUCAACCUGGGCAACUUCACCGAGAGCACAGAUGGAGGAAAGGGCAUUCUAAAAAAUCACCUCGAUCAGAAUCCUCAGCUACAGUGGAAUACAGCAGAACCUGCCCGGACAUGCAAAGACCCCAUUGAAGACAUAAACUCCCCAGAACACAUCCAGCGCCGGCUGUCCCUCCAGCUCCCCAUCCUCCACCACGCCUACCUCCCAUCCAUCGGAGGUGUGGAUGCCAGCUGCGUCAGCCCCUGUGUCAGCCCCACCGCCAGCCCCCGCCACAGACACGUGCCGCCCUCCUUCCGAGUCAUGGUCUCAGGCCUGUAAGAGGGUGGGAGGCCUGGGCCGGGGCCUCCCGGGUGACCGCACCACGCCGGGCACAGGCGUCUGCUACAGGCACCCUGUCAGCUCUGGCCGCAGAGAAGCUGGGCACCGUGGCUGCCUCCUGUGGACUGCUCGGCUGGCACUUGCGUGGACAGGACAGGGGGACAUGGCGCCUGACCGCGAGCCUUAUUUGUGAAGUUCUUAUUCUUUCACAAAGAAGAGGAAUGAAAAUGACUUCUUCCUUAAGUAAUGUCUGCAAUCAAGGAAGAGCUAUGAUAUUUGAAACUUGCA